AUGCCUGAGGUCCUGCAGGGAGGGACUGAUGAAACUGAACUUUUCCCUCCACCAUACUCCUCUAGGGUACAACCGACGGUGCAGCCGACAGCGCCACCACCAGAGCCAGCUUUGGCCCCACAACCCCCACGGGGUCCCGCACAGGCAACGAGAAGCCACCGAGGGGCGAUCCCUCAACCUGACACUACAGUUGCCCUCCCUCUGAGGCCGGCGGGACCCCCAGAUGAGGACGGGAAUCAGCCCUUCCAUUACUGGCCAUUUGCCACUAGUGAUCUCUAUAAUUGGAAAGCACAGAAUGCCCCUUUCUCUAAAGACCCCCAAGACUUAAUUAACCUUUUAGAGACUGUUCUUUUCAUGCACCAGCCCACCUUUGACGAUUGCCAGCAACUCCUGGGCAUCCUCUUCACAAUUGAAGAGAGGGGACGGAUCCUGGAACAUGCCCGAAAGCUUGUCCCCGGGCCUACUGGAGACCCCCUGACUGAUCCGGCUGUUAUAACUGCUGCUUUCCCUUCUACCCACCCCAAAUGGGACUAUAACGCGGCAGAAGGUAAAGAGAGUCUCCGAGUUUAUCGCCAGGCUCUGUUGGCGGGUCUCAAAGCAGUGGCACGAAAGCCGACAAAUAUGGCCAAAGUCUAUGAUAUAAGACAGGGAGUGGACGAGAGUCCGGCUGCCUAUUUAGAAAGGUUAAUGACUGCCUUUAAACAAUACACCCCGUAUGAUCCUGAGUCACCGAUGACAACACAGGCGGUCAUACUAGCCUACAUAAACCAGGAAGCACCAGAUAUUAGAAAAAAGUUGAAGUCAUUAGACAGACUAGGAGAAAGAAACCUCAGGGAGCUAGUAGCGGUGGCGGAAAAGGUAUAUAACAAGAGAGAGACAGAGGAGCAGAAGGAAGAAAGGAAAGGGAAACAAAGACAACAAAGAGAGGAUAGACGAGAUAUGAGGCAGGAAAGGAAUCUAACUAAACUGUUAGAACAACAGCAGGCACAAUUGGAGAGAGUCCUGUUGGCAACUGAGAAAGGAAUUCUCCGAGGAGCCGGAACGCCCCGACCCAAGCCAAAACCCAAGGUAGGAAGAAACCAAUGUGCGUAUUGCAGGGAAGAAGGACACUGGGUCAGGAAUUGCCCCAAGAAGAAAAAGGUACCACAUGUCCCAACCCUAGCAACCACUCUGGAAGAAGAAAGUGACUAGGGGGGACAGGGCUCAGCACCCCUCCCUGAUCCCAGGGUAACCUUAAAGGUGGAGGGGAAGCCAAUCCAAUUUAUGGUAGACACAGGAGCUGAGAGUUCGGUCCUCCUGGCCCCUGCCGGACCCCUGUCCUCAAAACGAACCUGGGUACAGGGAGCCACAGGAACUAAGUCAUAUUCAUGGACUACUCAAAGAACUGUGGACUUAGGCAUGGGGAAAGUAACCCAUUCCUUCCUGGUGAUACCAGAAUGCCCAUAUCCCUUGCUUGGGAGAGAUCUCCUGUCUAAAAUGAGAGCUCAAAUUCAUUUCUCAGACGAGGGAGCUUGGCUAAUGGACUAAAAAGGGAGGCUGAUACAAGUACUCCUGACAACUGACCUAGUCGAGGAAUACAGGCUCCACCUAGAACCUGAGGCUCCCGGGCAAGAAAUUCAGGCUUGGCUCCAAAAAUUUCCCCUAGCUUGGGCAGAAACUGGGAGAAUGGGACUAGCGAAGCAUAGGCCUCAAGUCUAUGUAGAGAUCAAAUCAGAUGCUGAUCCAGUCAAAGUCCGCCAGUACCCCAUGUCCCUAGAAGCAAAGAAGGGAAUAACACCUCAUAUAAGGAGGCUUCUGAGUUUGGGAGUCCUGCGACCAAUUCAGUCCGCAUGGAACACUCCUUUGUUACCAGUCAAGAAACCCCACACAGGGGACUACAGGCCAGUCCAGGACUUAAGGGAAGUGAACAAGAGAGUGGUGGAUAUUCACCCCACUGUGCCUAACCCAUAUACCCUGCUGAGCUCACUACCUCCAGACCGGCAGUGGUACUCUGUUCUGGACUUGAAGGAUACCUUUUUCAGCCUCCCUUUAGCCCCCAAGAGUCAACCGUAUUUUGCCUUUGAGUGGCACGACCCUGAGAUCGGGAUCAGCGGGCAGCUGACAUGGACUAGACUCCCUCAAGGGUUCAAAAAUUCUCCAACCAUAUUUGAUGAGGCUCUUCAUGAAGAUCUGGGUGAGUAUCGCACCCAAAAUCCAGACAUCAGCUUGUUACAAUAUGUAGAUGACUUGUUGAUUGCUGCAGUCGAUAGAGCAGCCUGCCUUAAAGGGACUGAGAACUUGCUGCUGACCCUAGGACGCCUAGGGUACCGAGCCUCGGCCAAAAAGGCCCAAAUUUGUAAGAGGCAGGUCGGGCUCAGGUUACGCCGUGCCAGGAAAAAUGAUCAGCCUCUACCUGAUUCUCCUACUUCUGCCUGGUGCCACCACGGAGAUCAGCCAACCUGA